UGUUAGACGUAAUAUAAUUCAGUUAUGAACUAUGUCUUCAUAACAGACAGAUUGAUUGGUUCUGAGGUUUAAAAUCUUUACUAUUAAAAAAAAUCGAUUAUAUAAUUAUAAUAUUGAAACACACAUCUUAUAUUUUUUAAAUCAUGUAUACGUAAGCUUGUAAUUUGAUGUCGUAACAGUAACACACACAUAUAGACCCGCCGAGAUAUAGUAAGUUGAAAUUAGAAUCAGACUCCAGAGAACUGAGUGGACUCCUUUCCAUGACAUGAAGAAAGCUAACACAUGUACAGGAACAUCAUUUGGUGGAAUGUACUAAUUUUUUAAAAACACAUGGUGAGAAGCGCAGCCUGUUUAUGAAGUGUUUGAAUGGAUUUGCUGCUACUCUUAAAGAAGCUUUACCAGUAACUUGCUUGACCCUCCCCCUUCUCUUCUUUCUGGUACUGAGUAGAUGAGGUACAUGUUUCUUGCAUAACAUGAUGAAACUGUGGACUUAGUUGUAACAGUUAUUAAGUUUCAUGUGCAAUACCAUCUCUUCAUGACUGUACAUGUACAUAAUGCAGGAAGUAAAAGCCACACUGGAUGGUGUUUGAUAUGAAUUUAUCUAAACCUGCUUUACUUAAAAAAUGCUUCCAUGCAAAAAUAUUACUGUCAAAACUUGCUGAUAAGCUGCAAAAAAAAGGAAAAUGGAUGUUAGAUUAGAGUGACAGGUUCCAUUUUUCAAGUGAUAAAGAAAUUUUCUCUAGUUAUGGCUUCUAAGUCUCUUCCUAUUACUAUCGUUGAUGUCCACCAGCUGGCUGCUGUAGUGAGGAAUCAGAUUGAUACGGUAUUAAUCAUUGACAGUCGAUCAUUUCUUGAAUAUAAUACCAACCAUGUUGCCAGUGCUGUUAAUGUUUGUUGUUCAAAACUUGUCAAACGUAGAUUACAACAGGAUAAGAUUUCGGUGAAAGAUCUAUUGAUACAUACAUGCCAAUUUGACAUACAUGAAACAUAUGAUGUUGUAGUGUAUGACCAGGGAUCAUAUACGGUAGAUAUAAAUACCACUGAUACUUUUAUUGCUGUACUGAUGAAGAAACUGGCACAGGUGUUUCGAAGUGUGAACUUAGUCAAAGGUGGUUUUCUGGAAUUCCAGGCUGCUUACCCUAAUCUUUGUGAAGACAAAACUUGGAAGUGUUCACCUUUAACAUCCUUGUCACAGCCUUGUCUUUCAGUUAUGCAUCAGGGGCCCACAAAGAUUCUACCAUUCAUGUACCUUGGUUCACAAAGUGAUGCUUUUAACAAAGAAAUGUUAAAUAAUCAUAACAUCACAUACGAGUUGAAUGUCAGUGCCAACUGCCCUAAGCCAGACUUUAUCCAAGAUACACAUUUCAUGAGGAUCUCAGUCAAUGAUAAUUACAGUGAAAAACUCCUGCCAUUCUUUCCUAAAGCUUUCCAGUUCUUAGACAAAGUUCGAGAGGCUAGUGGUUGUGUACUAGUUCAUUGUUUGGCUGGUAUUUCCCGUUCACCUACAAUUGCUAUUGCCUAUGUCAUGCACUAUCUGCGACUUUCUUCAGAUGUUGCUUACAGGUACGUGAAGUCAAAAAGAGUAACAAUUUCUCCAAACUUUAACUUCUUGGGUCAAUUACUUGAAUUUGAGAAGCAACUACGCAAUGACAGUGUACUGGAUUGUAAACCAGAAGUGAUGUCUGCACCACCAGAUGGAUUUAGACAAAGAGGUUUUUAUCAGAAAGAAAAACAACAGGAUCUUAGGCUAAGUCUGUCUAAACCUGAAUCUCUUAGUGGAGAAAACUCACCAAGUGAAGAUCAGUCUCCAACUGCUGCUCUUUCUAAACUUAGUUUUGAAAACCAUGAACGAGACCCAGAAGAAAAUGGUAAAAGAAAGCAGUCUAGAAAUGCCUUAAAAGACAACAGUAAAAGAAGAAAACCAGGUAAUCAUAUUUAUCGCAGUGUCAGCUGUACUGGCUGUUAUUUUACAGAUAGUAAAGAAAACAACAAAGACUCUUUUACAGAUGAUUCAAAACUUAGCAGUUUAGUCCUGGAUAGAACAUACAUUUCUGGUUAUCAUUUCUCAAGUAAUAUGUACACAUCAGCAGUAACAACCAGAACUUGCAUUGACACAACAGAUGAAAAAUUUGGUAACAGUCAACAACAUACAUUGCCUCAAGAUUCUUACAGUUUAGCAUCAGUUACAUUGAAUUUACCUUGCCCUCAACAAAAUUCAAUUAUUGCUUUUGAAACAAUCAUUGAAGCAACACCAAGUAACUCUUCUUCAACUUGGAUGAAGUCUUUAAAAGAUGAUUCUCACAAUUCAUCAGAAGAAAAACAGCUUGAUUGGUGUACAGCUAUUGAAGAGAACAAAGCUUUUGACUUUUCAAAACAAGUUACACCUACCUCUUAUCUGUUAGCAAGAGAUAUUCAGUAUGAUGGGCAACAUACUGAAAAAUUGAAACACUCAGAAGAGGCAACUAUAAAAAGUGAAAAUAAUCCCAGUCAGAAAUUUGCUUAUUUGCCAGUAAAGAAAUCAGUGCAUGAAACUCAACUGUUAAUACAAAAAGAUAAUACACUGGAAAAAUUAGACCAUGUAAGUGGAGACUUGCCAUUUGUUGUAUCAAAUGAAAACCCACUUGGUGAAAUAACAUUUGAAGAUCCUUUAAGUCCUUCAGAAAGACAUCUUUUAGAAGAAUUCAUGGAAACAGAUGAUCUGACAAAUACAGAUGAAAUAUUCUUAUCGAGAACAAAUAAUAUAGAAAGGGACACCUAUAUAGAUCCUGACAGACACGAUUCUGGUGUUCCAGCUUCACCUUCUUCAGUGGAGGCACCCCUUCAACUCUCUCGUGAUGACAUCCAAAGAUAUACAAAAUGUACUGAGAAUACAUGUGUUAGUAGUAAAGAAAGUUUCAAGGAAAAUUUUACUGAAGGAAAAAACAGUAGGCUCCCAAAAUUCCAAGAAAACAUUUUGGAAAAUCUUCCAGGUGGACAGAGGCUUUUGGGACAUAACUGGUUUCUUUCGAAAGAGUCCAGAAAAAAGAAUGAAAAUAGAGAGGGCUUGUAUAGGGCCCAGUCAUGUCCAGUUAUAGCAGAUAAGUUUCAUCAAUCUGCUGGUCUCAAUUAUUUUGAUACCAGAAGUACAGUCAAUUGUGGUAGGGUUGAUAGUCCUUAUAUGCGAAAAAUGAAACUGCCUCAAAGUGAAUGGAUGGAGCGGACUCAGAACCGUUUAAGUUUUGGAAGCCUUGAGUGUGAACAUAAUGAUUGGAAAUACAGCAAUUUUUCUUGUCCUGACAUGUCAGAUUUUGCCACUGGUCAGAGAAGUCAAGGGUCAUCACCAGCUUCUGUUUUUUCUCCAACCCAUGUCAGACGCCACAUCAGGAUGAUACAGGUGUCCUGAUCCUGAUAACAUUUGAAGGAUUUUUAGUGUUCUUUUUAUGUUUUUACCUAGUUCUCUUACUACAUAUCUAACUGACAUCUGUGAUCCAAAGUAAGAGUGCACCAUGAUGAGUGGUAGUUAAGCAUUGUCCUAGCAUUACUAGGUCACUUGCACGUGUAAGUGAACAAAGAAAUAGAUUGUUCAGGUUUUCUCAUCUGGCCCUAGUAGCAAUUAAAUGUCUUGAUCCAAAUGUAUGAUGAUAGUUGUCUGUUAUAGAAUGUUCCUUAUCUUCCUACUGUGAUUAUUUCCAACCUUUGUUAGGUAAGGGGCAGGUUCCUCUUUAUAUUGUUUUUCCCAUAAAGCAUUAGUUGAAGAAUAGAUGUUGAUGUCUUGUAAUUUUGUUAGCAGUUUUAUCAUUUAUUCCCACAUUUGUUGUUUAUGGAACAUUUAUCAAUUAUUAAUUGACCUUUAUCUCUUGUUUUAAGACUGAGGAGAUAGAAAAUUAAUGUUGAUCUUUAUGACUUGACAGUACCUGAUUUGACCAAUUUAAUCAAACAUUAAAUAUUUGGUCAUUUCAAAUUAUUAGCCACACAAAAUUUAGUAUUUUCAACUUGGAAGAAUAGCUAGAUAAAUUUAUCUUUAGCACGUCACUUUUGAUAUACAAGGAACAGUAGUAGUAAAUAGCCACAUAUGUAGUUUUCUUGAAUAGAAUUUUUUAAAAAAAGCAUUAAAAUAUGUACUUGUUUUAGAGUAUAAAUAAUUACAUUUUUAGAAUAAAUAUGGAUAUUAUCAGAUAUAUUUUACGUUUACACAACAUAAUCUUUCUUUACUGUUUUGUGUUUUAUCAAACAAUUUAUUAAUGGAUCUGUAUGUGUUUUUGUUUUCAUUAUUUUCUCUAUUUUUUGGACUUUUACUUUUAUUAUAGCGUAUUAAUUAAAUUGGUUUCUGUCCGUAUUUAAGAAUUGCACAUUCGUAAUAAGCAGGUUCUAGAAACACAAAACGCUUAAUGUAAUCGUUUGCGAGUGAAGAAUUCUAUUGGGGAUCAUUUGGAGUUGAACUACGUCGAUAAGUGUGUGAUUAGCAAGAGAGACACGUGGAAUAACGUGGGUGUUAACUUACACAUCAAGGAUUUGUUGUUUUUUUAUUGCGUUUUCCCUGGCUUUUAAAAGUGAUUUAUUUGUAUAACAAGUAGAAAAGGGUACAAACAAAGAUCACGUACAGAAUAUUGACGCUUUCGUGUGAACUAUAUAGCAGGAUAUUAAGAUUUACUGAUGUGAUCAUUAGGUUUUCUGUACUUAACACACCAGUAAAGUUGUUAACGUGUACAGUCGAACUUUUGGUUAAUUUAAAUAAUUCUAUAUUGUUGUGAAACAUGCGUGACACCAAUAAAUAUUUAUGUUGAUUUAGUAUUUUUGGAAAACAAAUAUCAUCUGUAUUGAGAAGCAUCUUCAGAUGUCAUCAUGGCGUAUUUUAAGGACCGUUGACUUUGUAAUAUAUUAAACUAAAUUAGUUACGUCAUUCAGCUAUAUAAAUGUAAAGGAGAUCAGUUUUAAUCAAGAAAAAAAGUUACUUUUAAUCUAUAACACAUUCUAAUUUAUUAUGAUAUAGUGGCAUGUUCGUUUAAGUUCUUAUUAAAGCAGUGGACAUUUACAGGAAAUAAAUUAAAAAUGCAUUCAAAAUGACAGCAGAAAGAAAGUGCUUCUCCCUUUAAAUUUCAUCUAAAAAACGUUUUAAAUUUCACGUCUUGUGAACAAAAAUCAAAUGAAGCGUUUUCGUCACAGAAAUGAAAGGUAGGUAAGUUUAGUCCAAGUGUGUAAAACCUCAUCCAGUUGAAUUAUAAAAAUUAUCUAAGGUUUUUAGCAUUUGUCAUUUUUUAUUGUAAUUAAAUGUAUCGUAAAUUUAUUGUAACUGUGGCAUGUUCUGUGUACAGGUGUAUACACGUCAGUUCUGGCCAGGAUACGUAAAUGUUAUUUACUUACCUUGUUCUUCGAACCAAUUGUGAUUUUGACGGAUGUUUAUGUUCAUUCGUAUGGAGUGUGAGUAACCAUUGUUGAACUCGUAAAAUUUCAUUAAUUAGUUCCUAUGUUGUCAUAUACUGGAUUGUUAAGUCUUAAAACUUGAAGUGUAAAUUUUUGAUAAUAUUAAGUAUAAUAUCGGUCGUUGAAAAACGUAUUCACAGAGUGUCGGAAUUAAGAUUUUAGGUGCAAAUAAAUGUGUAUUUUAAUAGUGUUUUCAAACCACAUUACGUAAUAAAAGAAACUAGGAAAUUAGAGUAUUGUGUAAUGGGAUGUUUUUUGAACAUCAACCAUGUUAUUUGAUAGAAAUUAGUUGCAAAUAAAUGCACAUAAAGUCUUAUGGACAUUAUUUUUAGUCACCCAUACUGUAUCAUAGAAGAAGGUUUCAAAACGUCAUCACGUUCUAGUAACAUUUUUUUAUCUCUUUCGCUUUGAUCUAAUAGACAUGUAAUGUAUGUAAUCUAUUUAUUCCUCUCCUUCCCCUAAAAAAUCCACCACCACCAACAUUGUCACGAAAUAAUUUUUUAGCUCAAAGUACAUUUUUAUAAAGUUUUUUGGACUGUUUAUUUCAUUUGUAAAUCAUUUGCAUUCUGUAUUGGAAGAAACUAGAUGCAAAUAAAUGAUUGCAUAAUUGUGA